CUUGUGUGUGCAUCAUAUAUAUUACCAAGGAGUGGACUUCUCAAGUGUAACAAUGACUAUUUCACAAGGAGGAAGAGUAGGACUCAAGCCAUUGCUGAGUAUUUGGGUUCAGCUUCAGAUCCAAAGAAGCCAAGCUAUCAUCCUUCUGAAGAAAUCAGAGCCUAUGUGCCAGAGAGUCCUGGAGAUUCUAGGCUUCCACCUGCUGAAACCGUUAGAACCAUCAUUGAGGUGAACAAAAAAGGAACAUUGAUGCUUUCAGGUUUACUUGGUAUUGGACUUCAUGAGAACAUUCUCUGGCCUGAUAUUCCUUAUGUAACAGAUCAGCAUGGAAAUAUAUACUUUCAAGUUAAGGAAAACGAGGAUAUAAUGCAAACCCUUGUUACUUCUGAUAAUAACUAUGUGCAAGUAAUAGUAGGUUUUGAUACGAUGGAGAUGAUCAAGGACAUGGAGCUGAGUACUCCCUCUGGUAUUGGUUUUGAGAUUGAAGAAAUGGAAGAUGGUAUUACUGAAGUUGACGAUGAAAACAAGAGGGAUGAAGAUGAAGACAAAGAUGAUGAGGAAUGGGUUGCUGUUCUAGAAGAUGGAGAUGAAGAAGACGAUGAUUAUGUUUCAGACUCUGAUGAAUCACUCGGAGACUGGGCAAACUUGGAAACUAUGCGAACUUGCCAUCCCAUGUACUUUGCAAGGAGGAUAGCCGAGGUUGCGUCAAAGGAUCCUUUAAAUUGGAUGGAGCAACCCUCUGCUGGCCUUGCUAUCCAGGGGCUCCUGAGCCGUGUCUUUGUGAAAGAUCACUCAGAUAUCUCUGAUCCCAAGUCUACAAGUAGUGACAAAAGCAAGGAGGGAGAGAAAGUUGAAGACAUUGACGAAAGUGAGAUACUGCAGCUUGAGAAUUCGAGAAAUGCUAUAUCUUAUUACAAGCUGGAGAUGAAUAAAAUCCAGCUCAUCACAGCAAAGGGUCAUCAGACUGAAGUGGAAGUGGGAGAAGUCAGAAAAGCAAAACCUGAUCCUAUUGCUCUCGCAUCAGACGGUAUUUUGAGUUGUCUAGAGGAAGAUGGUGAUAAACUAACUGAAGCGCUCAAAUCUCUGUGUUGGAGACAUAACGAGAUUCAAGCAGAGGAAGUGAAGCUCAUUGGUAUAGAUUCACUUGGUUUCGAGCUCAGGCUUUGCUCGGGGAUGCAAAUUGAGACAUUACGGUUUGCAUUCUUGACAAGGGCAACAUCAGCACACAGUGCUGAGGGACAGUUGAGAGAAUUAUUAUUCGCUUCCACACCUCAGAAACCAUAUGAAUCCUUGGUGAUGUUUAGUAAAAAAAAGGUCAAAAGAGGAAACAAACUCAAAACGGCAGUAUUUGCAAAUCAACACAUCUUUCGUAACUAAUGUCAACGGUCUCGUUAACAAGUUUUCAAUGCUGGCUUGUUGAAGAUUGGCAGAUGAAGUCUCGGUUGAUGUUUUCUCAAUUCAUUCUUGAUGACGUAUCUCUUUGUUUGUGGGUCAAGUCUAUCUCACGUUCUUUAGGUUCAAUUCUGGAUUAACUGCCAUUUGUUAAAAUACUUGAACUACAAGUCAAGUAAAAAUAUGUCAAAACGCAUUAAGUAAAUGACAGAGAAAGUCAACACGUUUUUUA